CGUGGUACGCACGUCGUGCGGCACGGGGAAGCCGCGGGGGAAAAUGCGCGUUUGUUGCGUAAGGCGAAUCCCGCCUUUUGCUCUUUAACCUUUCCUUAUAUAACGCGGUCUCUCUCUCUCUCUCUCUCUUCUCUCUCUCUCUCUGCUCGAAGAACAAACAGAGGAGGAGAUAUUUCGGUCCGCAGAAAAUCUAGGGUUUAUCAGCCCUUCCUCAUCGUCGUCGCGAGCUCGGAUUCUUUGACAAGCAGCCCUCUGGUCCAAGGAACAUAUAUGUUUGCUGGCACAAGCACUCGUAGUUGGAGAUGACCGAUUAGCUUUGCAAUGAUAGAAUUGGGGUUCUCACUUAUAAGGAGGUUUGUAGGUUCUGGUGCUUAUAAUCUGUUUAUCCUUGGAUGGCUGGUGACUGGAUCAUUUGGGCUUCUGGCUGUUGUAUACACAUUUCUGAAAUGGCAAAGGAGAACCUCUUUAAAUUGUGUUAAAGCUGCUGCCAGAGAAAAGAAAAAAGUAUGGAAAAGACUUAGGGUUCCAUUUUCUCAUCAUAUAUGGACAGAUGAUUAUGGUUAUGGGCAACAGCCAUCCACCUGCUGUAUUUGUUUGUCUUCUCUUGUACCUUGUCAAAAUGUUUCUAACAAGGCAGCUCUGAGUAUUCCUGUACACCGAUGCUUUGUCUGUGGUGUAGCAGCUCACUUUUAUUGCUCGGGCAAUGCUGCUAAAGACUGUAAAUGUGCUACCCAAGCUGGAUCUAGCCAUGUCCGACACCACUGGUCGGAGCGAUGGGUUAACAUGGAUGAUAAUGCAGACAUGUCUGCCUUUUGCUUCUACUGUGAUGAACCAUGUGGCAUUCCUUUUAUCGAAGCUUCUCCUAUGUGGCACUGUCUUUGGUGCCAGCGCCUUAUACAUGUAAAGUGCCACAUGGUAAUGUCUAAGGAAUCUGGUGAUGUUUGCGAUCUGGGCUCUCUUAGAAGGGCGAUCCUCUCUCCGCUCUAUGUAAAGGCCAAAGAAGAAAAUGAGGUAGUUGGAGUGUUGAAUUCUAUCGAAAACAAACUUUCAUCUAUUCAAGGGCAGAUGAGAAGGAAACGCUACAGGGGAAAAAAUGGAGAUGGGCAAGCUUUUAGUGGUAAGCUGCUGGAGAAUUCCGCUAGCAAUCCGAUUGUUGACGGGCUUGUAGUGAAGAAACAUCGGAAGAAGAGGAGCAUGGAGUGCUUCGGGAAGGUUUCAGAUAUUUCCAUUUCCACUAUGAAGUGUAUGCAAAAUGGUUUAUGUCAGAAAAAAGGCAAGAGCAAAGGUUUUAAUCUCAUGAAGAAGUUUACCUUGGCCGAUUUGCCAUCAGAUGCCAGACCUCUUUUGGUAUUCAUUAAUGCCAAGAGUGGAGGUCAACUUGGUCCUUUUCUUCAUUGGAGACUUAACAUGUUAUUGAAUCCUGUACAGGUCUUUGAGCUCGACUCCUGUCAGGGGCCAGAUGUUGGUCUUGACCUUUUUAGCAAAGUGAAGUACUUCAGAGUUUUGGUUUGUGGGGGGGAUGGAACGGUUGCUUGGGUGCUCGAUGCAAUUGAGAAACACAAUUUUGAAUCCCCUCCACCUGUUGCCAUUCUUCCCCUAGGCACAGGAAAUGAUUUAUCAAGAGUUUUGCAGUGGGGAGGAGGUUUUUCAGUAGUAGAUGGACAAGGAAGUCUGACAACGUUUUUGCAAGAGAUUGACCAUGCUGCAGUUACAAUGUUGGACCGCUGGAGUGUAAAGAUUAGAGAUGAGAGUUCAGAAAAUUUUCCAGCUAGAGAAGAAUCCAAGUUUAUGAUGAAUUACUUAGGUAUUGGCUGUGAUGCAAAGGUUGCUUAUGAAUUUCACACGAUGCGGCAGGAAAAUCCUGCGAAAUUUUGUAGUCAGUUUGUUAACAAAUUGCGGUAUGCCAAAGAAGGAGCGAGGGAAAUCAUGGAUCGAGCAUGUGCUGAUUUACCGUGGCAAGUUUGGCUUGAAGUCGAUGGGAAAGACAUUGAGAUCCCCAAGGAUUCGGAGGGUUUAAUAGUACUAAACAUCGGAAGCUACAUGGGAGGAGUGGAUCUCUGGCAAAACGAAUACGAACACGACGAUAACUUCAGCGUUCAGACGAUGCACGACAAAAUGCUGGAGGUUGUGUGUGUCCACGGAGCAUGGCACCUCGGCAAGCUUCAGGUUGGACUGUCACAGGCAAGGAGGCUAGCGCAAGGAAAAGCGAUAAGGAUACAUGUAUCGAGUCCAUUCCCUGUUCAAAUAGACGGGGAGCCCUUCAUUCAACAGCCUGGUUGCUUGGAGAUUACACACCACGGCCAGGUGUUCAUGCUGAGAAGAGCGUCGGAGGAGCCAAGAGGGCAUGCGGCGGCGAUAAUGACGGAGGUAUUACUGGACGCAGAAUGCAAAGGGAUCAUAAACGCUUCUCAGAAAAGAGUACUCCUCCAGCAGAUGGCUCUCCAUCUCUCCUAAGCCCUACAACCCCCACAUACCCACACCACACCUCUCUCCAAGUUUUGCUCUCUCCCCUUUUUGUUAUGCUUGUCUCCUUCAUGGAGCGUGUGAAGAGUACUUUUUUUUUUUUUUGUAUAGAGCCGCAACACGAAGUGUAAUUCCCCACGAAAAGCCUCACUCAUAUAUGGUGGGCAUCUCCCUCAAAAAAAAAAAAAAAGAGAGAGAGAGAGAGAGAGUCCUCCAAUAGGUAGGUAUGUACGUGAAACCCUUUUUUUUUCCUGCUAUAGUAGCACGUUUGAAGAGUCA